GAAAGUUUACCGGACGUAGGCGGUGGCCGCAGCGGUAGCGGCUCCGGGCGGCGGACCAUGGCCCUGGUGGGCGGCCGCGGCCCUGUCCCAAGGCGGCCUCGGGCGGCGUCGUUGAGCCGGCUGACUUCCCGGGAGGAGCUGCCCUGCGACUGAGCGGCGGCGGGCGCGCUUAGCGCGGCCAACAUGCGGCGGAGCCUGCGGGCGGGCGCGGGCGGCGGAGACCCGAGGCGAAGGCGGCGGCGGCGGCCCGGGAGGCGGCGGCGGGCGGCAGGCUCGCGGCCCUAGCGAGGCUGCUGGGGCGGCGGCGGGAGUCGUCCGCGAGGAUGCUGUCCCGCAAGAAAACCAAAAACGAGGUGUCUAAGCCGGCCGAGGUGCAGGGCAAGUACGUGAAGAAGGAGACGUCGCCCCUGCUGCGGAAUCUCAUGCCUUCAUUCAUUCGGCACGGUCCAACAAUUCCCAGACGGACUGACCUCUGUCUUCCAGAUUCAAGUGCUACUGCUUUCUCAGCUUCUGGAGAUGGUGUAGUUUCAAGAAACCAGAGUUUCCUGAGAACUGCAAUUCAAAGGACACCUCAUGAAGUAAUGAGAAGAGAAAGCCACAGACUGUCUGCCCCUUCUUACCUUGUCAGGAGCCUAGCAGAUGUCCCUCGAGAGUGUGGCUCAUCACAGUCAUUUUUGACAGAAGUUAACUUUGCUGUUGAGAAUGGAGACUCUGGCUCCCGAUACUUCUUCUCAGAUAACUUUUUUGAUGGACAGAGAAGGCGGCCACUUGGAGAUCGUGCACAAGAAGAUUACAGAUAUUAUGAAUACAACCAUGAUCUCUUCCAGAGGAUGCCACAGAGUCAGGGGAGGCACACUUCAGGUAUUGGGAGAGUCACGGCUACAUCUCUAGGGAAUUUAACUAACCAUGGAUCUGAAGAUUUACCCCUUCCUCCUGGCUGGUCUGUGGACUGGACAAUGAGAGGGAGAAAAUACUACAUAGAUCAUAACACAAAUACCACUCACUGGAGUCAUCCCCUUGAACGAGAAGGACUUCCUCCUGGCUGGGAACGAGUAGAGUCAUCAGAAUUUGGAACCUAUUACGUGGAUCACACCAAUAAAAGGGCUCAGUACAGGCACCCCUGUGCUCCGAGUGUACCUCGGUAUGAUCAGCCUCCACCCAUCACGUAUCAGCCACAACAAACUGAAAGAAAUCAGUCUCUCCUGGUCCCUGCAAAUCCCUACCAUACUGCAGAAAUUCCUGACUGGCUUCAGGUUUAUGCCCGAGCCCCUGUGAAAUAUGACCACAUUCUGAAGUGGGAGCUCUUCCAGCUGGCUGACCUGGACACGUACCAGGGAAUGCUGAAGUUGCUCUUCAUGAAGGAACUGGAGCAGAUUGUGAAGUUGUACGAGGCCUACAGACAGGCUCUUCUCACUGAGUUGGAAAACCGCAAGCAGAGGCAGCAGUGGUAUGCCCAGCAGCAUGGCAAGACGUUCUUAAGUUAACUUAUCACAAGCCAAGUUUAUAAGAGCUUUAAAAUAUUUUCAGAUAAAUGACUGCAAACAAGUUCUUUGGUUAAUAAAGGUAACUUACUAUUUGGAAGUAUAAAAUUCUAGUUUUACAUAUAUUUUGUUAUCAAUUUUUUUUCUUUUAUUGAACCAAGAAAGUUUUAUCAUUUAAAAAGCCAAUAUGGCAUAUGCUACCAAAUGCUGUAUUAGGAAACUGCUGGAGACUCUGGACAAAAAGUAGUACAGGAAGAGAUUAUCAGCAUAAACAGGCAUUAAAUAGGAAACCGUCACUCUCUGACUUUUUAUGGACACACCCUUCUUGUUUAGGAAACAGAAGAGGAUGAGAGUACAUCUGUGAUCAGUUGCUACGUGUGGUGUCAAGUGUUUUCUGGAAUGAGAUGGUUUGACUAUUACCAUAGGUAUAGUUCAAAAUACAAAACAGGACUUGGAACCUUUAUUGUAACAAGCUUGUACGUGUGUGGUCAUCUCCCCCCCGCCCCCUCAGUCCCCCGACCCCCAAUGUAAGGAACACCUUUGAAGGAGAAAGAUGAAGUCUUUGAGGAAUACAUUCAGAAAUACAGGACUAUAAUAAAUACAUGCCUCUUAGUGCGCAACUGUUGCUAAUACGGCUUCCUUCCUUUGAGGCAGAGCACAUAAGUACAGUUAGCAUGGCUCUGAGACACAGCACAGGCUUCCUGACCACAUAGAAUACUGCCUUCCAUCAGGGUGGGCUAAGUUGCCAAAAACGACAAUCAGGGAUCCAAUAAGCAAUCUUGGUCACUUAAGUAAAUUUUAUAUUGCCUUUUUUAUCUUUGAGAAGUAUUUGUCAUAAAGGUGUAGAAACAGGCUGUCAUUCCUUCCUAUUUUUCUUGCUUUGGGUUUAAUAGUUGUUCAUAAUUAGUGCUGAACACUUGAUUACAGAUAAACUUAUGGAACUUCCAGCUGUAAAUCUAGAAUUCUUGAGCUUCAUAGCUCUUCAGUUGUGCUUACAAAUGUUGUGAAUAUGUAUAUAUAUUAGUUCUUUUCCUAAGUAUAAGCACUCCAUGUUAGAAGUGACUUUGAAUUAUUGAUAAAAUUUCGCAUUUGAUUUUAUAUAACAAGUUAUUAAAUAUAUUUUUGUGGAAA